CCCUCAUUAAGGUUAGAUUGAACUCCGGUUUGUGUGACUGACAUGGGUCUCUGUCAAAGUAUUUAGCCAACAUUAGCUGAGCAUUUUCAGGAAAAAGAUUACGUCGGAAGAUACAACAUACAAGUAGAAGAGACUUUAAAGCUCUCUAACAAACACGCAGCGGAUGGCCCGGGCAGCACAUCAAUCUGAACCUCUUGAUGAGUAAUGAACCUUAACCCCUUCUGGAGCAUGUCUGCAAAUACAAGUCGUAAGCAGAGACCUGACAACGAGGAACAGAGCGGGCACGGGGAGCAGAGAGCCAGCCCAGCCCGGCUGCCCUUUGGCAAAAAACAGCUUCCACCUAUUCCUAAGAAUGCAGCACCCAUUACCAAACCUACAGCGACUGGCACUACAGCCCAGUCGGCCAAUGGCACACACGCCUCCUACGGCCCCUUUUACUUGGAGUACUCUCUGCUGGCUGAGUUCACACUGGUGAUUAAGCAGAAGCUCCCUGGAAUUUAUGUCCAGCCAUCCUACAAAUCAGCACUAAUGUGGUUUGGGGUCAUAUUCAUCAGACAUGGCUUGUACCAGGAUGGAGUCUUCAAAUUCACUGUGUAUAUUCCAGAUAACUAUCCAGAUGGAGAGUGUCCUAAAUUUGUGUUUGACAUCCCAGUCUUCCACCCUCUUGUUGACCCUGUGUCAGGAGAGCUUGAUGUCAGAAGAGCUUUCAACAAAUGGAGACGGAAUCACAACCACAUCUGGCAAGUCCUUAUGUACGCACGGACAAUUUUCUACAAGAUCAAUACCACAGAACCACUCAACCCAGAGGCUGCCGUGCUAUAUGAAAAGGAUGUGCAGUUGUUCAAAAGCAAAGUGGUGGAUAGCGUAAAACUAUGCAACAGUCAUCUCUUUGACCUGCCCAAAAUAGAUGACCCCUACGCAAUAAGUUUUUCUCCGUGGAACCCAGCCGUUCAUGAAGAAGCAAAAGAGCGAAUGUUCACACACAAAAGACGGCCAGAGGAUCACCACAAGGGAACACAGGUGUCGGGGUUGUCUUGGGUGAAGCCAGGAUCGACGCAGCCCUUCAGCAAAGACGACAGCCCUCCCCAGAGCUGAACCUGCAGUAUCCUUGAAGCAGCCACUAGAGGGAUCCACAUGCAUCAGAUGCCAUGCCUUUGGCUUGCAUCCGCUGUUUAUUGGGAUCAUGGUCCUUGAAACAGUUGGCAGAACUUUAUAUUAAAUCUCCAUGUUAUUGCUCAGCUUUAAAAGCUUUGUAGGCAUCUCCUCAGACAGCUUUAGAAUAAGGAAACAAAGUUUGUAUCAUAUGUAAAUCAACGACAAAUGGAUGUCUCGGCAACAUCAUUUAGCCUGUGAUGCAGUGCAAAGAGCUUUCUCAUUUAGAUGAUCAGAUCCAUGCACAUGUUGGGGAAAGGUGAUACAACAUGCUGUCCCAAAAGGAGCUGAGGAGUAGGAGAAUAGCGGUUUUGCGAUCACAUGGGUAGUAUAGUGGACAAGAUGUUCUAUACUACUUGGUGAAAUUGGCUCAGGACUGUUCAUUCAUCAGACUUGGAAUGUUUUAGUCAUAAUUGUGUGAUGAAACUUCUAAAUCCACACCUCUCCUAUUACCCAAUUUUAUUGAAAUAUGUUUUAUGUGUUUACCAUUGGACAAUGAUUUAUUUUUAAUUCCACUGUGUAAACUGUUGUCUUACAUGAUUUGUAAUAUAUACAAAGCAGAGCGGCAAAGUAUGGAUCUUCUGAGAUGAGAUGCUAAAUAAGUAAGCUUCUGUAUUUUAUUGUCUGAUUUUGAAAUCAUUUUGAAUGUUUUAUGUAUCAUUUGUUAUUAAAGGUUUGGUGUGUAAAUACUGGAUGCUGUGCUCAGCUUUGACUUAAAGACAUUUCUGCAUUAAUGUUUGGGUUUUCUACAUGAAUGGCUUGGUUUUCUUGGCUUUCUUUACAAAUGUUACUAAGUUUCCUUCCAAAUUAUUUUUUCAGUCAAAGACAUUACUGCUGGAUUCCUCUAUAGGUCUGAAUGAAAAUCAGACAUAUAUAUUGAUAAGGUUAGUUUUUUUUUUUAGUUUAUGAACAACACAACAGAGUUUUGUCCAGCUAUGGGAAGCCACCCUUUCUGAUUUGCCAGACUUAUUUCCUUUGUGAUGUCUUCAUUGAUGGAGGGCUCUGGUGUAAUGGACUUGACUAAAAUAUAGAAAUUGCAGAUUUGGUGCUUAACCUGUAUCUAUUUAUAAUUGCAAUAAAAAGCAAAGACAUAACCAAAUCUCAGUGUAAUUCAAGUGCUGUCAUUUUGGCUGUUACCAUCGUCAACCUGGAGUAUGAAUGCUUCUUUUAUGUAGCAAAUCCUGCUCAAGUUUGUGAAGACUCGUCUACAUUGACGAGUCACAAGAUCUAAUGCUUUACUCUGAAAACAAUAAAGUAGUCACAUUAC